UAUUUGGAAAUAUUUCGAAAAACACACAGCAAUAAACGCAAAACAGUUGCUGCACUUGCCCCCUCUGUGAGUGUGCAACGUGUUUUAACCAGCCACGACACUGCAUAAAUUGGCAAAGCAAUUCUCUCGAAUCAUUCGCCGCACAUCAAAGAUGAUCCUGCAUUCUAGUCCGCCACGGGGCCUGGCUCUGUUGUUCCUGCUGCUGCACACGUUGACCCUUGGAGGCGCCUUCUAUUUGCCCGGCCUGGCACCGGUUAACUUUUGUAAGACAAUCGAAGUGUCCACGACAUGCAAGUCGGAUGUAAUCUUGUAUGUUAAUCGCCUAAAUACUGAGGAAUCGGUCAUACCCUAUGAAUAUCAUCAUUUUGAUUUCUGUCUGGGCAAAGAGGAGAACUCCCCCGUCGAGAAUCUGGGACAGGUGGUCUUUGGCGAGCGAAUACGCCCGGGUCCCUAUAAAAUCCAGUUCCUGGAGAAUCAGCAAUGUUCUGUGGCCUGCACCAAGGAGUACAAGGGUGGUGAUCCCAUCAGCAAUCGUCGCAUGAUGGUCCUGAAGAAAGGCAUCAGCCUGAACUAUCAACAUCAUUGGAUUGUGGACAAUAUGCCGGUGACCUGGUGCUAUCCGUUGGAGAAUGGCAAACAAUACUGUGGCACUGGGUUCCCCAUGGGCUGCCUCGUGCGCACCGAUGGCGAGGGCUGUCCCAUCAACUCUAUUUACAAUCAGCCCAUGCACUACUAUCCCUUCAAUCAUGUGGAUCUGGAGAUCACCUAUCACAGUGGGCAACUCGAGGACUGGGGCAUUGGUUUUGGCAACAGUGGACGUAUCAUUUCCGUAAAGGUCACACCCAAAUCGAUCAAGCACACCGAUCCGAAGGCUCCGAACUGCCUGAGCACCGAGCCGCUGGCCAUAAGCGAAACCUCACUGAAGACCGGCGAGCAGCUGAACAUUGUGUACACGUACAGCGUCAAGUUUGUGAAGAACGAUGCCAUUAAGUGGUCGUCACGCUGGGAUUACAUUCUAGAGUCCAUGCCCCAUACGAAUAUCCAGUGGUUCUCCAUCCUUAAUUCCCUGGUGAUUGUGCUCUUCUUGAGCGGUAUGGUGGCAAUGAUAAUGCUGCGCACUCUGCACAAGGACAUAGCCAGAUACAAUCAGAUGGACAGCGGCGAGGAUGCCCAAGAGGAGUUCGGCUGGAAGUUGGUCCAUGGCGAUGUCUUUAGGCCGCCACGCAAGGGCAUGCUUCUGUCUGUAUUCCUGGGCUCUGGCAUUCAGGUGCUCGUUAUGUCUAUGAUUACAUUGGCCUUUGCCUGUCUGGGCUUCUUGUCGCCGGCCAAUCGUGGUGCUUUGAUGACCUGCUCGAUGGUUUUGUUCGUUUCGUUGGGCACACCCGCUGGUUAUGUCUCGGCGCGCAUUUACAAGAGUUUUGGCGGUCUCAAGUGGAAGAGUAAUGUGAUUCUAACCUCGAUUGUGUGUCCCGGUGUUGUCUUCUCUCUGUUCUUUGUGAUGAAUCUGGUGCUAUGGUUUGAGAAUAGCUCGGGUGCUGUGCCAUUUAGCACAUUGGUUGCCCUGCUAGCCCUCUGGUUUGGCGUCUCAGUGCCACUGACAUUUGUUGGUGCCUAUUUCGGUUUCCGCAAACGCGCUUUGGAGCAUCCGGUGCGCACCAAUCAGAUACCACGACAGAUACCCGAUCAAUCGAUUUACACACAACCGAUACCCGGCAUCGUUAUGGGCGGCGUGCUGCCUUUUGGCUGCAUUUUCAUACAGCUCUUCUUCAUACUGAGCUCACUGUGGUCCAGUCAGAUGUACUAUAUGUUUGGUUUCCUUUUCCUGGUCUUUCUUAUACUGGUCAUCACGUGCUCGGAGACAACCAUUUUGCUGUGCUAUUUCCAUCUAUGUGCCGAGGAUUAUCAUUGGUGGUGGCGCUCCUUUCUCACAUCGGGUUUCACGGCUGUCUAUCUGUUCAUCUACUGCUGUCACUACUUCAUCACGAAGCUCUCGAUCAAGGAUAGUGCCUCGACGUUCCUGUACUUUGGCUAUACGGCCAUUAUGGUAUUCCUGUUCUUUUUGCUUACCGGCACAAUUGGUUUCUUUGCGUGCUUCUGGUUCAUACGGAAGAUCUACAGCGUGGUCAAGGUGGAUUAAAUUAAAUGCAUGUGGAUGACAGUGAGGAUGAUGAUGAGAA